AGCCAGCCCCACGGCCACGGUCCCUCUAGCCUCCCCGCAGCUCCACAGCAGUCCAGACCUGCCGGCCCUCCAGGACCGGAGCUGCUCCCAGCAGGGAAACUCAGUCACUCACUGGUCCUCAUGUCGGCCCCGGGGCCCGGCGUGGCGCCUGCCAGCGAGGCGGGAGAGAUCCACAACUGGACGGAACUGCUCCGCUUUUUCAACCACACCCUGCCCGAGUGCCACGUGGGGCUCAGCGAGAGCGCCAAGCGAGUGGCCCUCUUCGUGCUCUACCUGGCUGUCUUCGUGGUCGGGCUGGUGGAGAACCUCCUGGUGAUCUGCGUCAACCGGCGCGGGGCGGCCCGCGCAGGGCCGCUGCGCCUCUACGUCCUCAACAUGGCCGUCGCUGACCUGGGCAUCGUCCUGUCCCUGCCCGUGUGGAUGCUGGAGGUCACGCUGGACUACACCUGGCUCUGGGGCAGCUUCUCCUGCCGCUUCACUCACUACUUCUAUUUUGCCAACAUGUACAGCAGCAUCUUCUUCCUCGUGUGCCUCAGCGUCGACCGCUACGUCACCCUCAGCAACGCCUCUCCCUCCUGGCAGCGCCACCAGCAUCGAGGGCGGCGGGCCGUGUGCGCCGGGGUCUGGGUCCUCUCGGCCCUCAUCCCGCUGCCCGAGGUGGUCCACAUCCGGCUGGUGGAGAGCUUUGAGCCCAUGUGCCUCUUCAUGGCGCCCUUCGAAACGUACAGCGCAUGGGCCCUGGCGGUGGCCCUGUCCACCACCGUCCUGGGCUUCCUGCUGCCCUUCCCUCUCAUUGCGGUCUUCAACGUGCUGACGGCCUGCCGGCUUCGGCGGGCAGGACAGCCUGAGGGCCGGCGCCACUGCCUGCUGGUGUGUGCCUACAUUGCCGUCUUUGUCACCUGCUGGCUGCCCUACCACGUGACCCUGCUGCUGAUCACGCUGCACGGGACCCACAUCUCCCUCCACUGCUACCUGGCGCACCUGCUGUACUUCUUCUAUGACAUCAUUGACUGCUUCUCCAUGCUCCACUGCGUCGUCAACCCCAUCCUGUACAACUUUCUCAGCCCGAGCUUCCGGGGCCGGCUGCUCGACGCUGUGGUCCAUUACCUUCCCAAGGUCCAGGCCAGGGAGGGCAGACAUGCUUCCUCCUCCUCCUCCUCCACCCAGCAUUCCAUCAUCAUCACCAAGGAGGGCAGCCAGCCCCCUGCAGCCAGCCCCCGCCACCACCCAGGCCUGAACUUCCAGGCAGCAGACACCCCACCCAGCUCUGCUCCUCGGGCUCUUAUAGCCAGCUGA